CAGUUGGAGUCUAGGGUAGGGAGGGGCUAGAGUGGGGUGCCUCUGACCUCAUAAUAACCCUGGAGUCCUGCAUAGCCACCAUUGCCUGCUCCUCUAUGCCUCCCAACAGCCCGGGGCUAAGGCCCCGGCCCCCUGGGCGCAGCCAUAGCACUAUUUCUAUUCCAAUUCCUAGGACCAUGUCACUCCUCAGCAACUAUGAAGGGCUGAGGCAUCAGAUUGAGAGGCUAGUUCGGGAAAACGAGGAGCUAAAGAAGCUGGUGAGAUUGAUUCGAGAGAACCAUGAGCUGAAGUCAGCCAUAAAAACCCAGGCAGGUGCCAUGGGCAUCAGUGGGCUCACCUCCAUGCUUGGCGACGGGACGACUAGCUCUACCUCUCGGACACCUGAUCGUAGUGUCUUUACACCCUUACCUGCAGGAACACCAGUGCAUGAACCUGGAUUGAACGAGAUAGGAAUCAUGACCCUAUCGUCAUUGUCUGAUGUUCUGAACAACUCCCAGUCCAACUCUGUGACUAGCUCUCUUACUGGUCCUUUGCCUGUUCCCCUAAGUACUUCACUGCCUGCCAACUUGGCUGUUCCUACAAAUAAUACACUGUUAAACUUCCUAAACAGAGGCUUAGUGCCUUGCUCCCCCAAUGCCUUUCCAAACAACAUGCUGCCAGAGUCUGUGGCUAACUCCCUGGCCAAUGCCCCCGUUACUAACGCCCCUUUAACAAGGGCUAUACCUGGCUCUAUGGCCUUGCCUAGCCCUACAAACAGCUCUCUUUCGGGUGUUAUGACCAAUGCCCUGACAGCCCCUGCAAGUAUAUCUCUAGGAAAUUCUCGGGGGGGUUCAAUGGCUGUCCCUCCAAUCAGCCCAUUGUCAGGCUCUCUGAAUUCUUCCUUGGCUGCCCCUCUAGCCAAUUCCCAGGUGACCUCAUUAUCAAGCUCUAUACCUGGCUCUCCAGGCCACUUGUUACCCGGCUCUACAGUCAACAACAUACUACUAAUUGACUCCAAUCGACCCCACUCCCCCUUGGAUGCAGCGCGUCAAGUUUCCACCAGUCCCACCAACGCAGCCAACACUGUUCCUUCUGUCAUGGUCCCCAAAGCAGUCAAAAUUUCUACUGAUUAUAACAAAGUGGCACUAGGCUGGGAUACAUCUUCAAACGUGGAUCCUUUCAACGCGUCCUUUGUGAACCCACCAACCCAGGCUUCCACACCCAGCGCUGUGGCCCCCAACACGGUCUUCUUUGGCCCCCCAGACUCCUCUGCAAAACGCAGUAUUUCUGACAAGUCUUCAGCUUUGGCCAGUGCCCCCAUGGCUGAUGUUCAUUCCCCUCCUGGCCUCCCAGCCUCUUCUAAUUCCCAAGCUACUUCCACCUCUCUUCCACAAGGUGCUAUCACAUCUCCCUCAGUUAUGAAUGCAUCCAUUCACUCAGACACCGCCCAUGGCGUCCAACACACUCACCGGCUGACUUCCCCAACACGUAUUGCCCAUGCCACACAGGCUUCCUUUUCUCCUCCAACUGCCAUACGCUCCCCACGUGCUUCCAAUUCCUCUCCCUCUGCCAAUGAUGCUCAAGGGCCCCGUUCCUCAGAAAACCCUCAAAGGAGGAGUCUAAUAGAAAUGGAGAGGAAGAUGGCCCAGCGGAAAAGCAGCAAAUUCAAUGAUUGUCCCAGAGACAAUAAACAGCUGGCAGGGGACCGUCUGGUUGGGGAGAUUGCCUUCCAACUUGAUCGUCGAAUACUCUCCAGUAUCUUUCCUGAGAGAGUACGCCUCUACGGCUUCACCGUCUCCAACAUCCCAGAGAAAAUUAUUCAGGCCUCCCUGAAUUCAAACCACAAGUUGGAUGAGGAACUAUGCCAGACACUCACUCAACGUUAUGUGAGUGUCAUGAAUCGGCUGCAGAGCCUGGGCUACAAUGGGCGAGUCCACCCCGGCCUGACGGAGCAAUUGGUCAAUGCCUAUGGUAUCCUGAGGGAACGGCCCGAGCUGGCAGCCUCGGAGAGUGGCUCUUACACCAUGGACUUCCUCCAGCAAGUGGUUAUGGAGACCGUGCCCCACAGCUUGCUCACUGAUGCCUUGCUUCUUCUCUCCUGCCUCUACCAGCUCUCCCGUGAUGAUGGCAAACCUAUGUUCAUCUGGUGACUGAUCUGCUAAGCACCAGUUGCUGGAACCAACCCCACCCUAAUACUAAUGAGGCUCACUAUUAGGCCCUGGGUAUGGCCACCUUAACUUGGGCAUGGUUCCCUGGGUUCCCCACAACCAAGUAAAGCUAUUAAAACUAUUAAUUGCUGGGCUAGGAA